CUCCAAAUAGCUUCAGUCAGCUUGCUAAUGCUAGAAGAAAAUCGAUCCCGGGAAUUUUUACCAAACGAAACCAAAUCGGUUGAACGAAACAGAGAGGGCACUACUUAGCUGCAGGAGGUUUACCUGCAACCCUUAAAAGACCCAAUGGCUACCGACAUGCCCAUGGACACGGUGCCGGCUCCUAACCCUGCCCCAGCCUCCCCUCUUCCUCUGUGCUCCAGUGUAGCCCAAGACCAGAUUCCCACCCAGGAGCCAGCAAUAGCUGAAACCCCAGACUCAGAAGUGACCUCAGAACACAAUGCCGGUCCGGAUCUCACCCCGGCUCAGCCAACAGACCCAGACGUGGCCCCGGGCCUUGUUCCAGGUUCUGAGCUUCCCCCAACUCCUCUGCUGCCACCACUGCCAUCAGUCAGCGCCAAGAACCCCAGCUGCAAGAUCAUGACCUUCCGGCCCACCAUGGAGGAGUUCAAAGACUUCGCUAAAUACAUCGUCUACAUGGAGAGUCAAGGGGCUCACCGUGCUGGACUGGCCAAAGUGAUUCCACCGGAGGGCUGGAAGCCGCGGAGGUCCUACGAUACCAUCGAGGACAUGGUGAUUCCAGCUCCCAUCAUGCAAGUGGUGACUGGACAAUCGGGUCUGUUCACUCAGUACAAUAUUCAGAAGAAGUCUAUGACUGUUAGCGAGUACCGCAAGCUGGCCAACAGCAAGAAAUACUGCACACCCCGGCACAAAGACUUUGACGACCUAGAGAGGAAGUACUGGAAGAACCUCACAUUUGUGUCACCCAUUUAUGGUGCAGAUGUCAGUGGCUCCAUCUAUGAUGAGGACAUUCAAGAGUGGAACAUCGGCCACCUCAACACGCUGCUGGAUAUGGUGGAACAGGAGUGUGGCAUUGUUAUCGAGGGUGUCAACACUCCCUACCUGUACUUUGGCAUGUGGAAGACCACCUUUGCCUGGCACACUGAGGACAUGGACCUAUACAGCAUCAACUACCUGCACUUUGGACAGUCCAAGUCCUGGUAUGCCAUCCCACCAGAGCACGGCAAGAGGCUGGAGAGGCUGGCACAAGGCUUCUUCCCUGGCAGCUCCCAAGGCUGUGAUGCCUUUCUUCGCCACAAGAUGACGCUGAUAUCUCCAUCCAUCCUGAAGAAAUAUGGCAUUCCUUUUGACAGGAUAACUCAGAAUGAAGGGGAGUUUAUGAUCACUUUUCCUUAUGGCUACCAUGCUGGCUUCAACCAUGGCUUCAACUGUGCAGAGUCCACAAACUUUGCCACCCUGCGCUGGGUGGACUACGGCAAGAUGGCUACCCAGUGUACCUGUCGUAAGGACAUGGUGAAGAUUUCCAUGGAUGUGUUUGUGCGCUGCCUGCAGCCAGAUCGCUACGAGCUGUGGAAGCAGGGCAAAGACAGCGCAGUGUUGGACCACCUUAAGGCCACGGAGCUCAGCAGCCCCGAACUAGAGCGCUGGAGGGAGCAUCGUGUAACCCAACGAGCAAACCUCCUACGAAGGGCCAUGCAAAAGAUGAAGCAGGUUCGUCGUUUAAAGCUUGGGGAGGUGAAGGUGCUGGCUGAGGAAGGCAUUGAGCUGAAUGCUACUGAUUACCAGCGUCAGGUGGAGGAGCGCGAGGCCCAGCGGAAGCUGGAGAGGGAGGAGCGUCUUGCCAGAGAGGCCAUGAUGACCCUGGAGGCCAUGGAGCGUGAGGAGCAGGAGGCUGCCAAAGCCGCUGCUAAAGCAGCAGAGACUGCAGCUGUAAAGGCUCAAGAACCAGAGGCCAAACCACAGAACUUGACAGAGGACAUUGACAAAAAGAAGCACAAAAAGCCGAAGAAGAUGUCAAAUACCAACAACGCCAUCACUGGGUUUGAGGAAGCGUUUGAGCAGUUUGCUACAGGCGGCAUUAAGAAUUCAAAGAAAGCUAUAGUCAGUCAUCCAGAGGUGGGGAACCCUCUUAGCCCAAGACAGAGUGGCAUCCCAGCAGACAGCAAGCUGGACGCGAGUCCCACCCAGGCAUGCUACACCAAGAUGAAGAUGCCAACAGAGGUAAAAAAGAGUCGGCGUCACCCCCUCAGCAAGCCUCCCAUGCGCUCCCCUUUAUCCAUCUUAAAGCAAGAUCCGACCAGUGACAAAGAGCUGUCCUCCCCCAUGCCGCUGGACAGCGACAUGAAGAAACAGGAGCACCUGUGGCAGAAUCAGUCACCCAACUUCCUGGCAGAGAAGGCCUUCAAUGCUGCAGUGGCAGCUCUCCAACCACACUGUGCUAUUUGUUCACUCUUCUGUCCCUACACAAAGCCACACAAAGGCAUCUUCAUUUCAAAUGACCCGCAUAGCGGAUCCGUUCCCCGCCAUGGCAGUUUGACUCGUCCGCUGGUCCCAGAGAUGUGCUUCAGUGUCGGUGCAUGUAACACCGAGCCUCCACCCACCAACUAUCACAUUGGAGAGGAUGGAACCAGUGUUCUGCUCCGCUGUUCAUCUUGCCACAUGCAGGUUCAUGCCAGUUGCUACGGUGUGAAACCAGACUCUGUCAGUGAAUCCUGGAUGUGCACUAGGUGUGCUGAAGGAGCCUGGACCGUGGAGUGUUGUCUCUGUAACUUGCGGGGAGGAGCUUUGAAGACUACUACAGAUGAGCGGUGGGUCCAUGUUAUCUGUGCCAUCGCUGUGGCUGAAGCUCACUUCGUCAACGCCAUUGAGAGGGAGCCAGUCGACGUCACUGCUGUUCCAGAAUCACGCAAGAAUCUGAAGUGUGUGUUCUGCCACAGCAAGAAUGCCAAUCAGAACCGUGGCGCCUGCAUCCAGUGCUCAUACGAGAAAUGCGCCACCUCCUUCCACGUCACCUGCGCCCAAAUCGCUGGAGUCGUUAUGAUGCCAGCCGACUGGCCCUAUGUGGUAUCGGUCACCUGCCACAAACAUAAAAGGGUCCCUCCGAAGCCUCGGACAACACCCAAAGGCCCAAAGGGUCUGACCCUAGGCCAGAAGGUGAUUGGUCGUAACAGUGACGGCUGGCACUACCAUUGUACCAUCAUCGGCAUGGCAACACAGACGUUCUACGAGGUCAACUUUGACGAUGGCUCAUAUUGUGACAACCUGCACCCAGAAAACAUAUUAAGUCAUGACUGCCUGCGUACUGGUCCUCCUGAGGUGGGGGAGUUGCUUGUGGUUGGCACGCCAGAGGGUCAAGUCCUCAACGCUUCCUUUGUCAGGCAGCACACCCAGAAGAUCUACCAGGUUGAGUUUCAGGACCAGAGUCAGCUGAUGCUAAAACACUCAGAGAUCCAUCAGCUGGAUCAGGAACUGCCCAAGAGGGUCCGAGCCAGACUGGCCAUACCUGUGACACAGGAGGAAGUUUCUUCAGCAGAUGAAGCCCAAGCAGCCAAACGCCGUUGCCUGCCCUCAGGUUCAGCCCCGCCUACUGAAACCCCCAUGGAGACAACGGAUGAGCCCGCCUGCCCCCCAACAACAGCCCCAAUAGCAGCACCAGCAGCAGAACAAGCAGCCAAACGGCGCUGCCUACCCUCAGGUUCAGCCCCACCCGCUGAAACCCUCAUGGAGGCAACAAAUGAGCCCGCCUGCCCCCUGACUACAGCUCCGGUAGCAGCACCAGCAGCAGAUCAUCACAGUAUUAGUACACCGCUGACCUCACAACCUCUGUUUCAGCCCACCACAACCCCACAGGUUGCUCCGGCCCCGACCAGUGGGAUUCAGAUGGACGCUGAGACCCCAAUGGACUCAAGUGUCACCCUCACCGACGCUCCAACGGAGUUUUCCCCAGCCUCAGACCCUGCGCUGACUCCGCAGUCGACCCCUUUUCAGUCAACGUUGAACUCUGACCCCCUCCUGUCCACCCAGUCCCCUCCACCACCACCCCAGCACAUGACCGACGGCUACAUGCCGAGCAGCGGCUACGUUUCCUACAUGGAGGCCCUCCUCCAUUCACAUUUCCCUCAGGACAAUGGCCCUGGACCCCUGUAUUAAAAACCGAUUCCACUAUAUUAUUACUCGGCCAGUGGAGGCUGAGCCCAUAGGAAGUAAGCUAAUGGAGGUGGAUUCUACUGAGUGCUGUAAUGGACAAAACACAUUUCCUCCACCUGCUGUGAGAGCAGGAAAAGGAAAAGACAGGGACACACAAGCACUCCUUUAAUGCAUGUUACCGUUCUGUUUUUAAUGUAUUUGCAGUGGCGCUUUAGCCUGGUCUGAAGCAGCAGCUAAAGAGGACAAGUUUUUCUUUUUAACAUUAUUAUUAUUAUUAUUAUUAUUAUUAUGAUUAUUUGUUUUCCUUUUUUAAAUUUAGGCCUUUUUGCAUUUUUUUCUUUUUUCGUCAGCUGCUGUGCUUUUCUCCUCCAUCUUAAUAUGAAUACGUCUCUGGGUGGUAUCAACUCCAUACCUCGUUGCAUUAAUUCAAUAACAGCACACUCCCAUUUUCUUUGUACAGGAAGCCAAUAACUAUGACUAUGCCUCUCAACAUUGAGGCCCUGGUGGACUUCACUUCUUUUUUUUUCUUUUUUAAAAACAAGUAACCAGCAACAAAGUCUAUUUUUCAAUCAGGCCACUUGUGGCUUUGAAACUGGUGGAACUACAGUGUCACAUUGUCCAUCUACAAGAUAUUUUCAGCAAGGUGUUUUAUUGUCCGGUUGCAAGAGGUAAACGGGGGAAUGGGGUUAAAAAAAAACAUGUAUUGUAAGGGGAACUCAGUAUUUAAAUGUCUUAGUCAAAUAUUGAAAGAAUUAUUUGUAAUAGAAGAAAACCUGUUGAAUGCAAAUACUAUUAGAUUUGUCUGCAGGAUGCAAUGAAUAUUUGUGAUGAUGUGUCACAGUAGUUGACAGAUGAGACCUUUUAUGUAUUGAUGUCAUUCACUCAUUUGGUGGCUCCAUUUUUCACGCCCAAAACUAUCUCAGGGUUCCUACAUGUGGAAAAUAAAUUGUGUUUUAACAUCCAAGUCUUCACACAGUUAAGGAAGUACAGAACAGCCCAGAAAACUGCCUCAAAUGUUGCUCAGUCAUAAUUGGCACUGGAAUUGCUGUUGCUUACAUUGUCACAUUUGCUCCUGUUAAUGUUUGUCCAUUAUACUGAGUGAUAUCUUUGUUUACUGUCACGUUUCUCCUAUUAGCACAUGAAUUAUGAAGUCAGUUUAAAGGAUGGAAGUCUGGAAAGUGUCUGAUAUUUGGAAAAAGGAAAUUAUGUAGGAACCCUAAAAUCUGGAAAUAUUUUGUACCAUUCUUGGUUUAAAUUGUGUGUAUAAAUCAAUAUUGUAUAUUAAUAAUGUUGUCUGUUUUUUCUAUUACUGUAUCCUUUGUAUGUUCAUUUUCAGAAAUGAAUUCACAGACUUGGCCGAUCCAAAAAAGGUAUUAAACCUUUUAUUUUUGACAGAUCGUCACAGGCAUUUUACUCAGCUUGUACUGGUAAACACAGCUUUCUUUUCUUGGAUAUGGCCAUUUUGUGCUACAGAGGUGCUACAGAGAUAUUAAACUGCUGACAAACUGAGUUUCCUAACACACUCACCUUGUACAUACUUCAGGCCUUCUGUAUUGUGAAUGAAAUUUGUAAAUGUCGCACAUACCCUUUUUUGUUUGUUUGUUUCUGUCAUCACAACUGAGAUGUUGGAACACUCCUGUGUCCAAAUGAUAUCCAUCAAGAAAAUCUUAUUUCAUAGGGAUUAAAGUGGGUUGCUAGUC